AUGCUUCUUUGCGUUAAGUGGAACGGUCAGUUUCACAAUGUUCCCAUCUUAUCUAAAAACCUCGCGCAACCAGGAAGUUCUCCCUCUUACGGCCUAGGAGGGCCUCAUUUCAGCUCACUUAACGAGCUCAUCUCCUACUACAAGGAUAACCAGCUGCCCAUCGACUUGAAAUCUGGGGCUAUUCUCUUCACACCAGUGCUCUCUCAAACGAAACCGACUUCAGUCGAACGGAGUUCGGAUGGGGUGAUUCCCGUAGUAUCGAAAACUAGGGACCUUCGAUCGUCAGACUCAGACUUAUCAAUCAACCGCUGCCCCAGUGGUGGCACCUACAACGUUCAAUGCAAUAAAGGCCUCUGCCGUCGUCCUGCCACCAGAGCUUUCAACGAAGCACGAAGUCUGCACAAUUUAACGGACUUGUCUCACACACACUUAGUCGACUUUAGUGGACUUCGGAGAGGGGAACUCUUCGCUACCUGUAUCUCUGACGGUGAAGGCAAAAGUUCAAACACCGUGAGUUCCUUAUAUGCUUGAUAUCCUUAAAGUUUUAGUUGCGUAACCUCGUACCGUCGUCAAGAAGCUCACAUACUUGCGAUUUAUAAUCAACAAAAGCAACGUAGAGUGAAAUUCACAUGUGGAGUUUCUGUUUCAUUGUGGUGUUUUCCUGUCUCCGCUCGUUUAAAUAGGUUUUUUUUGCCUCAGGGCCUAAUUGCUUCCGCCGAUAGAAGGAUUCCUCUUUGGUGGAGUUUUAUUGAAAGCAGUUAAGAUGUUUCUCCGCAAAUUUAGAGUCGUAGGCUUGUGGUCGCGGAGAGAACUUCAAAUUUGGACAAACUUUUGUAUUCGUCGCUCAAUGUUCACAAACAGACAAUGCAGUCUUAGAAGAGACUUCUAUAUUUACAGGGGAAUUCUGAAAUUGGACUUUUUUUUAGUCGAACAGUCCCUUAUAUCGACGCGUUUGUUAAAAUAAAAUGGGAGCCUUAGUAACCACCACUUCCGCUUACGUGCAACCUCCACUUUGCAGGCCUGUUGUGUCAACACCUUAUUAGCUGUUUUAUGGGAUCUUAUGGGUUAUCUUACGGGACAACUUCUCGUGUUCUCAAGUCGGGUAAACACUAGAUUUAACAAGUCAUACUGUUUGAAAGUUUAUGCGGACCGUUAUCUCGAAAACAAUUAAAAUAACUCACAAAUUCAACAACAUGCUGUUGUAACUCUUCAGGAGCCCGAUGUUGUUUUGCCAACUGGUUCUGCUUCACAGAACGGAAUACUUAAGAAACAAGAGGUCGGCAAACCGAAGUUAGAUAGGAAGCAAAUCCGCUAUCUCGUCAUGAACGAACAGCCAUCCAAAAGCAACUUUAAUAACUCCAUCAGUGAUCUCGUUUCGAAAACCUCCCCGGAUUCGCCCUCAAGUCCAUCUCAAUUACGCCACUCAGACCUUCAUAAUCCAGCCUAUGGUGACUUGCCGAGGGACACAGGAUCUCUUCCCAAUUCAUACUUUCAGUGUGUGCAAACCCAUAAAUCGAGGGUCAAUUCUGCGAGCCUACAGAACCUGCCAAUUUUAACCGACGUCUACGCUGACCCCAGCCUUUUUACCUUUAGCACCAUUAGUAAAACCUACGCCACUGUGCCCUUCGAAACUUCUCCUAAACCUUCUCAAUCGCCGUCAAGUGAAUCACAUGCGCGAAACAGCAGCAAACCCCCUCUUCCCUUAA